AUGGCCAGUGAAGUCACUGCCCCUGACUCGUCUGCUGACAGCACUCUGCGUUCCCAGUGGCAGACCCGUGAUGCGCACGCUCGCUUUGCUAUUCGCAACUCCCUGCCGCUAGACGAGCGCGAGCACUUCGGCCAGUGCAAGACUGCUAAGGACCUCUACACCGCUGUAGUUGCCCGCUACUCCUCACCCGCUUCUGCCACGCUAGGCCGCCUCACUCUCCCCUACCUGUUCCCCGACCUAGCCUCCUUUCACACUGUCGCAGACCUCAUCACCCACCUUAAGACUAGUGAGGCCCGCUUUCGCGCUGCUAUGCCUGCCGAGUUUCUCACUAGCAACCCCCCCCCGCUCUGGAUCACUCUCUACCACAUCGUCACCCGCCUCCCUGACUCUCUGCGCGCAGUCAGGGACCACUUCCUCUCUCGCUCCCCCACUGAGCUCACUGUUGCCCUCCUCGAGAAGGAACUGCUUGCAGCUGAGGCGAGCAUCGUCGCUGUAGGCACCUCUCGUGGCGACCCCCGCACCCCGUUCUUUGAGGGGUGUUCCCCUUCCCCCCUCCUCCCCUCUGUCGCCUCUGCUGCUGCUGUCGACCUUCUUGGUGCUGAGAAGGUCGGGACCGCGUCUGCUUCGAGCGGGCGCCGCAGGAACAAGGGGGGCAGGGGUGGGGGUGGUGGCGGAGGAGGUGGGGGUGGAGGCGGUGCGAGUGGAGGCGCGGCUGGGGAGACUAGUGGCGGCAGUGGGGGAGGAGACAGCAGCGGCGGGAGUGGUGGUGGAGGCGGCAGCGGAGGCGGAGGUGGUCGUGGCGGCGGCAGGGGUGGAGGUGGCCGGGGUGGCGGCGGUGGGGGUGGUGGUCGUGGAGGCACUGGCGGAGGGCAGAGUCAGCAGCCCGCCCCGACACUUCAGGCCGCCCGUGAGUGGUAUGCGCAGCGUAGCGUUACCUGCACGUACGUCAUUCGCACAGGUGACCGCAGCGGUCAGCAGUGUGGGAGGCCGCACCCCACGCAGCGCUGCUUCGCGCGCCUUAACGACGCGUGGCGCACUCAGUUUCCUGCUGCCACUGAGCUGCCGCGCUGGGCUGAUCUGGAAAAGAGGGGCGUUGAUAUUUGGGCUUUAGACUUUGAUGCUAUUCUCACUGCCAUGUAUGCGAUGUCUAUUAGUGGAGAGGGUGCUCAGUACUUGCGUGUUCCGCCCGACCCGGGCAUUCAGGCCAGUCCGGCUGCCGCUCUAGGUGCUAGUGCGUCUGCUCCCACAGGUCCUGGUGAGGCCGCUGCCCUAGGUGCUCGUGCGUCUGUGCCCCUUGGUACUGAGUCGACUGCAGCACUGCACACCUUCACACUGGACUCAGGUGCUUCUCGCUCCUUCUUUCGUGACCGCACUGUCCUUGAGCCACUCGCUCGGCCAGUUGCUGUCUCCCUUGCUGACCCCUCUGGGGGUCCGGUCAUUGCGACCUCCUCCACUGUCCUUCCUUGUCCGGCGGUCCCGUCCGGCACGCUGUCAGGUCUCUACCUCCCCUCGUUCUCUACGAACUUGGUGGCAGGUAGUGCGCUCCAGGACGGGGGUGUUCACCAGUUCACCCCUGCCUACGAGCGCGUGACACACUGCACGUGUGCUCGGACGGGUCGCCACCUGGCUACCUUCACUCGGGAGCCGGGGUCGGACCUCUACACACUGACCACUGAGUCCCCUCAGGUAGCUGCGUCCGCGUCUGCGUCUGCGUCAGGUCAGCUGUCCGCCCCCUGCUCGUGUCGCUCUCUGGCGCAUGAGACUGUCCUUUGGCACCACCGCCUUGGUCACCCGUCUGUGCAGCGCCUUCGGGCCAUGCACAAACGGGACCUUGUUGCUGGUCUUCCCAGGGUGCUCCCUCCCCUUCCCGACUCGCCUGCUCCUCCCUGUAUUCCCUGUGUCGAGGGACGGCAGCGCGCCGCUCCUCACUCCUCCUCCUUUCCCCCGACGACUGCUCCCUUGCAGACGCUCCACAUGGACGUGUGGGGCCCAGCCCGCGUCCGUGGUCAGGGUCAGGAGAGAGGUGGGGAGUUUUCCUCUGGCCUAUUGGAGGCCUUCUGUCAGCAGGAGGGCAUUGAGCAGUCGUACACGCUUCCGGCCUCUCCACAGCAGAAUGGGGUUGCUGAGCGCCGCAUUGGUCUGGUCAUGGAGGUCGCUCGUACCUCCUUGAGCCAUGCGGCUGCCCCCCAUUUUCUGUGGCCGUUUGCAGUCCGAUACGCUGCGCAUCAGCUCAACCUCUGGCCCCGUGUCUCCUUGCCCGAGACUUCUCCGACACUGCGUUGGACGGGAGAGGCUGGCGAUGCGUCGCGUUUUCGGGUCUGGGGAUCCCGAGCUUUUGUCCGCGACACGUCCGCGGACAAGCUCUCCCGUCGCGCUGUCCCCUGCGUUUCCUUGGCUUUGUCCCGGACGCCCCUGGCUGGCAGUGCUGAGGUACCAGACCCCCUCCCCCCUCAGGGUGCCGCUCCCUCAGGUGUGUCCCAGGUAGACCCGGGUGAGCCUGUCGAGGUAGCUGUUGACUCUCGUCCUGCUAGGGGUGCUGAGCCUGGGGGUGCUGCGUCUGGGGGUGCUGAGCCUGGGGGAGGUGCGGAGCCUGGAGGUGCGGAGCCUGGAGGUGCUGAGUCUGGGGGUGCUGAGUCUGGGGGUGCUGAGCCUGAGCGUGCUACACCUGGAGGAGCCCUCUCCUCCCAGCAGCUGCAGGAGAGGUACCUCGAGUACUGCCGCCUCCGGAGAGGUGCUGCUGGAGCUCGUCCCGGUACUUCCCCUCCUACCCAGGAGCUCCCCCCCAUUCAGCAGAUCCGCGAGUGGUACACACGGCGCUGCAGUCUUCGGAGUGGUGCUCCUGGUGCUGCGGACCCUGGGGGUGGCGCUGCUGCUGGUGCUGAGGACCCGGACGUGGGAGCUGCUGCUGGUGCUGCGGACCCGCCUGGUGGAGCUGCUGCUGGUGCUGAGGACUCGGACGACCCGGACGGUGGAGCUGCUGCUGGUGCUGAGGACUCGGACGGUGGAGCUGCUGCUGGAGCUGAGGACCCGAGCGGUGGCACUGCUGCUGUUGCUGAGGACCCGGGCGUUGGAGCUACUACUGGUGCUGAGGACCCGGCCGGUGGAGCUGCUGCUGGUGCUGUGGACCCGGACGCUGGAGCUCCUACUGGUACUGAGGACCCGGCCGCUGGAGUCUCCUCUGCUUCCGGAGACGCUGCGCGGCCGCGACCGUACUUCGUACCGCUCCUUCAGCAGGUUCUUGGGCAGGCUCCUCCUCCUUGUCCUCCUCCCUCCGUAGAGUGUCCUCCACCUGUCCAGCCGCAGUCACAGUUACCGCCUACCUCGCCUCUCCCUGCUCCCUCUCCUUACACUGGUCCCACAGGAGGUCUUACAGAGCGUCGUGAGCCUGAGUCUCGUCCUGCGUCGCCUGUUCGUCCUGCUCGCACUGGUAGUCGUGUCCGUCGUGAGCGUCCUCCUCCUGUCCCAGGCACUCACUACAUGACUCUGCAUCCCUCUACUGCUCCUCAGCGUGUCCCUCUACCGUCUCCUCCUGCGUCCUCUUUGCCUGCCGUUCCGGACCCUGAGUCUGACCGGUAUCGUGCUGAGCACCCUACUGUCACGCGUCUCCUUGCUACUGUUGUCACUGACCCUACCUUUGAGUCCUCGGCUGCGUCUGCUCUGGUCGCUGAGUUGGUUGACUUUGCUGCUGCCUGUCGUCUAGACUACGCUGCUAGCCUUGUUGCUGAGUCUGAGUCUGAGUCUGUCUGUCCUCCGUCCGUCGGGGGUGAGUGUGCUCUUGGCACGGACGUCCUCGAGGACAGACAGGAGGAGUUCCAGUGUCUUGCUGCUGCUUUGCCCCGUCUCGUGUCCUUGCUAGUUGCCCCUGAGGGAGACCCGGAUGCACCAGACAUCCCAACCCCGCGCACUUACGCUGAGGCGAUGGCGGGUCCCUACUCCUCUCAGUGGCAGACAGCCAUGGACGCCGAGAUGGCUUCCUGGAAGUCCACACGUACCUACGUCGACGAGGUUCCCCCUCCUGGGGCGAACAUCGUCAGUGGCAUGUGGAUUUUCAGGGUGAAGCGGCCGCCGGGUUCUCCGCCUGUCUUCAAGGCGCGUUACGUGGCUCGAGGCUUCACCGCUCACCGCGACUACGAGCUUCACUCACUUGACUUCAGCACUGCUUUCUUGCAGGGCAGCCUGCACGAGGAGAUCUGGCUGCGCCGCCCACCUGGCUUCACUGGGUCGUUUCCUCUUGGUACCCAGUGGAGGCUUCAGCGGCCGGUCUACGGUCUCCGCCAGGCUCCGCGUGAGUGGCACGACACACUGAGGACUACACUUGCGGCUCUUGGGUUCGCGCCUUCUACAGCUGACCCGUCGCUGUUCCUGCGCACCGACACUUCGCUGCCGCCGUUCUACAUCCUCAUGUACGUCGACGACUUGGUCUUUGCCACUGCUGACACUGCAGGACUCGCCUACGUGAAGUCGGAGCUGCAGAGGAGACACACGUGCACAGACCUGGAGCCGAGUGGCCCGUAUCCAGAGCUUGUGGGCUGCCUCAUGUACCUGAUGACCUGCACUCGACCUGACCUUGCAUACCCUCUUAGCAUCCUUGCACGCUAUGUCGCUCCUGGCCGUCACAGGAAGGAGCACAUGGAUGCCGCUAAGAGGGUGUUGCGCUACUUGUGUAGUACGUCGGGCAUGGGGCUUGUGCUUGGAGGGCGAGACCGAGUUGUUCUCACAGGGCACUCAGACGCUUCUUGGGCAGACGACCAGGCCACUCAGCGGUCGUCUCAGGGUUACACCUUCAGCCUUGGCUCUGGCUCAGUUUCUUGGCGCUCUACACGCUCUUCUUCUGUUCUUGGCUCCAGUUGCGAGGCUGAGAUCUACGCUACAGCCAUGGCUGCCCAGGAGCUACGCUGGCUGACCUACCUGCUGACCAACCUCGGAGAGCCGCCUCGUUCUCCUCCAGUACUGUACGUCGACAACAAGGCUGCCAUUGCCUUGUGUGAGGAGCACAGACUGGAGCACAGAACGAAGCACAUCGCCCUGCGGUACUUCCUUGCUCGUGAGCUGCAGCAGCGCGGUCAGCUUUGUAUUCGUCACGUGGCCACUGAGGCCAACACUGCUGAUGUGUUCACCAAGGCGCUUCAGCCUCGUGACCAUCAGCGCUUUUGCACUCUACUAGGCCUUGUGCCUACUGGACCUCACUUACUUACCUCUUGA